AAGAAACGAGGAUUCAGAAACAAUGGGACAAGGUAAAGAAGUUACCUCCCUCUGUUCUUUGCUGAUGCAUCCAAGUUUAAAAAGACUCUAUGGUCUCUGUUUUUGUUUGUUUGUUUGUUUGUUUGAUGAGUUCAGUUUAUUGUAUUAAUCAGGAAAGAGGAGAAAUAUUCUUCUUUUAUAGGCCAAAGGUUAACAAAGAAGAAGCUCACAGUGUGGACGAUGUUCAAAGGUUCUACAUAGUGAUGCGUCCUGAGUCCGGUGAGAAUCCCACCGAGGAGAAACAAGACCCUCUUUCAGGUAAAGAAGGUUCCGAUAAAUAUUCCGGUGACGGAGACGCGACUACUAGCUCUUCCGGCGCCAAGAACCAAGGUGGUGAAGGAGGACACGGCGUCGAGAAAGUGAACAUCGAGAAGCAGCUUCUGCUACGAUUCAUUGUUAUGGUUAGGAAAAGUCUACCUGAUCCGAGCAAGAAGUCGCAACCUUUUUGGGGAUUCGUGGAGAUGGUGACCACAAAUGUUGAAGAUGUUAAAGCUGCUCUCAAAGGAGAGGAGUAUGAGACGAAGACACGAGGACAUAGGCACAAACCGCGGGCGAGAGCUGUCGGAGAAGGAAUCUAUCCAAUUCUUCGACAUAAGCCUAGUCCGACACGAAAACACCAUACACAUCUUGUCUACAAGCUCGAGUUCCCAUCGAACAGAGCACAGGAGCCACAAGAGUCGAUGAACAUCGAACCCGAAGGAUCUUUCUUGAUCCAAAUACGAAAUCCAGAGCAAGGAGGAGGAGGAGGAAGGUCAGGGUUUGGUGGGCUGCAGAGAAAGAGAAGGGCCCAGUUUCCGGCACAUCUUCAAGCCCAUCUAGGUCAUACCCGGUUUGGGGCAGCGGACCCUCCCGAUUUCCUGAAUUACGAAGGAUGCGAGUUG